UGUAGUCUUUGCACAUCGCUGUCACUGGUGUCACCAGGUGUCACUGUCUUAACUGGGUUUUUAUUUGUAAUUGUGUCGGUGAAUUCUUGCUGGAUUGAUUUUUAAAAUCUAAUAGAUCAUUGCUUACAAAAAUAAUUCCAGUAAUUAACUAGGUACCUCUUGUUUAUUUAUUUACUCUGACUUUAGUUUGUGUUACAAUCGAAAUGUUAAGUGUAACAAUUGUGCUUUAAAAUCUUAUUUACAGACCGCAAUGGGACGCCGCAAAUCUAAAAGAAAGCCUCCAGCAAAACGGAAAGCAAUAGAGCCUCUAGAUCAACAGUUCAACUGUCCUUUUUGUAACCAUGAAAAGUCGUGUGAAGUCAAAAUGGACCGCGCAAGGAAUACAGCUAGAAUACAAUGUCGAGUAUGCUUAGAAGAUUUUCAAACCACUACUAAUGUACUCUCAGAACCAAUAGAUGUAUACAAUGACUGGGUUGACGCUUGUGAAAGUGCUAAUUAGGAAUACAUUUUAUUGAUUAUAUAUUAUCUAUAAGUUUCACUUUAUUAUAACUGUAAAAUAAAUCUAAUUAAAUAUCCUCAUUCUUUCGUUCCA